UGCCGGCCGCCGCGAGGUUGUAAUGGCGACGUUUAGCGCGUUGUCCGAUCCGCUGACGUGAGUGAAUGAUGCACCACGAGACGGUGCCCCGUUUUCAUGCACGGUACGACAAUCGAGCGAGCGGACGGUACGUGCACGUAACGUUUUAACGGCGCAACUUUGACGGAGCCGUUGACGAUCGAGCGUCCCCGCGCUCCGAGAUGGACCAGGCACCCGCAGACACAGAAUUGCGGAACAUCAUAGACAAACUGGCGCAGUUUGUCGCACGGAAUGGGCCAGAAUUCGAACAGAUGACGAAAAACAAGCAGAAGGACAACCCGAAGUUCGGUUUCCUGUUUGGGGGGGAGCACUUCAACUACUAUCAGUACAAAGUGACUACAGAGCAAGCCAUUUUAAAGCAAAAAGGAAUAAAUCCAAUGCAAAAUGCAGACCCACGUUUAAACGUUUCGCAGCAGCAGCAAACAGCCGCAAGCGCCGUCUCGCAGCCACUGAAUAACGUCAAUCUUGCGUCCGGUCUGAGUACGCAAAACAAUGGAAUAAAUCCGGUGGUCGGGAUCGGGCCCCAGGUCGGGAGCCAAGGCGGUCCCGUUUUGCCUGGACAGAUCGGAGGGCCGGGAAAUGCAGGACCGCCGAUUGGACCGGUUUCCGGCGCCAUAGGAGGUGUGAAUCCGCCGAUCGCCGGAGUCGCGCAAGCGGUUAACAUCGCGGGGCCGCCCGCGUGGCUGCAGAAUGAGUUGGCGAAUCUACAGUCGCAGCAGACGACGUUGCAGGAACAAGUGAGACAAUCAGAACAGAACCUGGCUGCGCAGCAUGCUGCGUUGAUGGCACAACAGCAGGGAAGAGUAGAGGAUGCUGUGAGGCAGGCACAGGAACAGGCUUUACAGAGCAGUGCGCAAAACACAAACACAGACUUGGCUGCAUUUGACGCGGUCUUACAACCGAUCAUCGAUAGCUGCACAAAGGAUAGCAUAAGCGCAGGAAAGGCCUGGAUACUUCAAAAUUCGCUUACACCGCAGAGCAAUCAAGUUGUCGCGGAUCAUUUACUGAAGAGAGUAAUUCAGGGGACAACCUUCAGCCAUAAGUUGCACAUUAUUUAUCUGGUGAAUGACGUUUUACAUCACUGUGCAAGAAAAAAGUCUAUGGAUCUUCGCAAAGCAAUGGAAAGUGUUGUUGUUCCCAUGUUCUGUAACACUUCACUAGCGGCAUCCGACGAACAGCUUAAUAAGCUAAAUAAGCUGUUAAGUUUGUGGGAAUCAAAGAAUAAUUAUUUUGACGAAGGCAUCAUAGAUAAGUUGAAACAACCGAGCGCAUCCUGGUCAGAGUAUCAAGCUAAUUUAGUGGCGCAGCACGCCACCGCGAUUACUCCUAUUACAGCGUCGACGAAACAGACAUUCGAUAAUUAUCAAGCGCAACACCAAGCUUUUGUCACUCACGCAUUGAGACAGAUCCAGAAUAUUGAACAACAAAAGAUGGCGAUAGAUCAGCAAUUGAAAGCUCCACCGCCGCCGCCACCGCCUCAAUUGAGUCAGCAAAGUAUGCCAAUACCGCCUAGUCAUUCUGGUCCUCCGAGCACAAUGGGUACAGAUGUGAAUUUCAGUCAACCACCACCAGGAUGGAAUGUCCCUCCCUCAAACGAACCUCCGCCGUUUAGCAAUGUCCCUUUACCGGACUUCUCAAAGCCACCACCGGGUUUUGGACCGCCGCCUGUCAUCCAUGAACCUUCAGUGGAGGAUUUGAUGCCUAGCAUGCCUUAUUUUGAGCUUCCAGCUGGUUUGAUGGUACCUCUAAUAAAGUUAGAAGAUGGUGAAUACAAGCCAUUGGAUCCAGACGCGAUAAGACUUCCACCACCAGCCCCACCGAGUGAUCGUUUAGUUGCAGCUGUCGAAGCAUUUUAUGCACCACCAAAUCAUGAUUCUCCUAGAGAUAGUGAUGGUUGGGAGAAAUUAGGAUUGUAUGAGUACUACAAAGCGAAAAAUGGCGCCCGCAAGCGUAAAGAAGAGGAUAUAAUGGCUGGUAUUAGGCAGAGGUCUAAAUCUCCAUCGCCGAUUUUACGGCCGAGAUCUAAAAGUCCUAGUCCGCCAAAGAAACGCUACCGGAGCAAAUCGCGCAGCAGAUCACGAUCGCGAUCGCGAGGCAGAAGUAGAUCGAGAUCGCCCGCAACUAAUCACAGACGCAAUAGUCGCAACAGCAAUCACGUUAAUAGGAGCCGAAGGAGAAGGAAUAGUAAUAAAGAUCGUAGUCCCGAUAGAAGAUUGGAUAGACAGGAUAGAAGUCCAACUCCUCCUAGUUUUCUUGGCUCCACUUACAGUAAAGCUCCACAAGAGAUUAGUCUGGACGAGAGUAAUAAAGGGCAUCAAUUACUCAAGAAAAUGGGCUGGAGUGGUGCUGGUCUCGGUGCGAACGAGCAGGGCAUCGAGGCGCCCAUUUCUGGAGGCGAGAUUCGUGAUAAGAACGAUCAAUACAAAGGAGUCGGUAUCAAUCUGAACGAUCCGUACGAGACCUUCCGAAAGAACAAAGGUCAAGCGUUCAUCACGAGGAUGAAAGCUAGGGCGGAAGAACGAGCUGAGGAGAGAGGGGAUCGCGACUGAACGCCAUUGACAAAACGAAAAUUCUGAAUGUUUACGAUACUUUGUGUAUGGGGCAAGUAUCAGCCACGAGAUAUUAAAAACAUUCUCGUUUUGCAUUGGACAUCCAUUCGCAAUUCCAAAAGGAUUUUGUGCUAUCGCCUAUGAGGGCUAAUUUAAAAAAUCGACGUACUUUUUUGACUCUGAAGCAGUUGUCUUUCAUUAAUUCUGAAUCCUUGUUGCACAUGUCACCAAUUUUAAGCCAUCACAGGUGGGCGCUGAUUGUUUUACAUUGAAAUUGCACUUAUUAUUUUUAUCGGGAGCUAUCUUAAUCACAAUCUUACAAUUCGACGACAAUUAGUGAGUAUUGUGUGGGAUUAAAUUGUAAAUUUUUAACAUAGAUAAAAUUAUGAAUAUGAUUAGGAUUUGUUUCAAGUUUAACGUGUGAUCAAAAAGAUGCUGAAUCUUGUUAUACAAAAGUUUGAUGAAAAAAAGAGAUUAAUCGGAUUUGUAAUUAUAUAAUUUUAUAUAUUGGAAAUUUAAAAUGAGAAGCGCGCAAUCAACUUCCUUCGGUCCUAUUUAAUAUAUUAAUUAUAUUCCAUUCAUAAUGAUUAAACAAAUUUCGUUCCACUUUCAUACAUUACUGAGAUGAUAAUGUAACUCACAGUAUGUACAGAAGUACAAUUCGUUUUGUGCCGUAAAAUAGCAUGGGCGUAAGAAACACGUGAGGAAUAAAAAUACUUGUAUUUAGUAAGUUAACAAAUGAUUAUAUUGGAUACAUUGAACGAUAGCUCAAGAAUAAAAACUGUACAUUUAUUACGAAAGCGAAUGCGAACCAUCGCUAUCGUUUGCUGUUUCCUCUCUGUUUCCUCUUCCUAAUAUUAAAUAUAUUAUCAAGAGAGAAAGAAAAGGAGAGAACGUUUGAAAUCGGUUAAUCCCAAAAUCAAAAUUCCAUUGGGACACAUCACUCGCCAUUAUUUACUUUUGAUAAACUAGAUACAUGCACAUCACAUAAAGUAACUUUAUAUUUACAA